AUGCUGGACUGCCGCGUGCGCAUGCGCGGCGGCGGCGGCGGCGGCGCGGCGGAGGAGCAGGCGCUCGACUGCCGCCUGGGGGCCACGGCCGGCGACCCCGCCGCCGAGCUGCGGCUGCUGGAGGCGGCGCACUACGGGGGCGUCGAGCCCGUGUCGCGCACCACGCAGUACAAGAAGGUGACGAAACCCCUGUUGGAGAGGAAGCGGCGCGCGAGGAUCAACAGGUGCCUGGAUGAGCUGAAGGACCUUAUGCUGGGCGCCUUGGAGGCGGAGGGCGAGAACAUCAGCAAGCUGGAGAAGGCGGACAUCCUGGAGCUGACCGUCAGGCACCUGCAGAAGCUGCGGACCUUCGGCGCGCGCGACGUGGUGGAGGAGGCGCAGCGCUUCCAGGCGGGCUUCAGCCAGUGCGCGGCCGAGGCGUGCCACUUCCUGCUGUCGCUGCCCGAGCUGGACGUGCACGUGGGGCGCCGCCUGAUCGCGCACCUCGGCAGCUGCGCAGCCGCCCCCGCCAGCCUGCCGCCGUCCCCGCCGCCGGCUCCCUCCCCGCCCCCGCCGCCCCCAGCCAUGUGGAGGCCCUGGUGAACUCCGCGCCUUCCCGCGGACUGGAGAGACACAGAGAGAGAGAGUCUUCAUUGUCUGAGCGUUGCGGCAGCGGCAUGGGCUUACGCAGGAUUGUUGGCGGGGGAGUUAUGGGGGGCAUAUCGUACCUCCUCCUCACCCCCCCCCCCAAAAAAAAAAUUCCUUAGAAAUCCUAAAGUAAAUAUCAUUAUCAUCUAACAAAAGGAAACCAAACAGCGUAAGCUCCUUCAGAAACGUCCUUGCCUUUGGUGUAUGUUUGAGUUUUUAACAAUUAGUUGCAAAAAAACACUUCCGAAACUAACUUUUUACUUUUGCAAAAAAAAAAUUAAGUUUUUUUUUAGACUAUCCUAAAGUUUUAACUCAAGUGAAAACUACUUUUUCUCUCACCUUUAAGUGCCUUUGUAUUUUAAGUUGUACGUAAUUUAAAUAAUAUGUUUUGUCUUUGUUAGUUUUACAAAAAAAAUGGUAGUGAUGUGAAUUAUUUGUAGUUCAAUCUUUUUCAAACAAUUAUAUUUAAAAUAUAUAUUUUUUCGUUGUAGGUAACAAUAUAAAUUUGUAGUCAUUACUUUUGCUGAAAUAUUUAUUUGUAAAAUACAUUGGCAGACUUGGGUAAGUUGGUUACUAAAACUAAACCAAGUUUUAAGUUAGUAUGCCAAAAAUCUAAUUAAGUUAAUUUGCUUGAAAAAUAAAAGUAAUGAAAGUUAAAUUACUUGAUUCUUAGAGAUUCUGAUGCUAAACCGUUAAUUUGAAGUAGAAUGCCAAAAUAGUUUAUUGAUCUAUGUGUUAUUUUAGUUCAAGGAAUCAUUUCAUCACAUAUAUUUCAACAAGCAACUACAGGCCAGAAAAGUCACUUAAGAAGUUCAAGUUCAAAAGAAGAAAUUCAAAAAGAAUUCCAUUUUUAAAAUGAAAAUGUGAUCUUAAAACUAACUUUUAACCUAACUUAAAAAUAUAUUAUUUUCCUGAAUAAAACUAACUAGUUUGCACAAUGUUAAAAAACUAUUGUAACACAUUAUAAAUAAGUUUGGUGUAUUUGGGAUGCGUAUUUGUUAUAAAAUCGUAUUAUAAAAACGAAAUAAUAAGUUGAAAGUUGGUCAUGAGCUGAAUUCAAAUUAUAGCUAAAAGAUAACUUUUAAAAUUAACUUUGAAACGAGUUAGUACCCAUUUCUGUAUUCUGGUUAUGUCAAUAUAUUUUUUCCUCCUGUCAAAUUAAUAUCGUAAUUAUAACACAUAAAACCCCAAGUUGUAGCAAACUGUAAGAUAGUAAAAUAGGGCUAACAUUGUUCUAGUUAUUGGUUUUGAGUCAUAAUAAGAUUAUGUAUUACGAACUGUGUACUAAUAAUUCUUGAUGAUGAGUUGGAUGAUUCAUAUAAAUAAAAACAGAACAAAGUUUUAUUUAUUACAGAAGGAUCUAUGAUAGGUUUUUAUAAAACUAUACAAUUAAAAGUUAUCGACGUGAAGCUAACUAAUAAUUCUUACAGAAAAGGUAACAUGUUAACAAUUUAAUCAUACUGUAUCCCUAGUGUAUUGGGUGUUUCUUUAACAGCUGCCAUAAAUAAAGCUAAUAAAAAUAAACAAACUGAAAUGAAAUUAAAAAAUAAUAAUGUUAUUGGGGAUUAAUUGAACUUAUUUUUAAAAGUAUUUUUAGAUUGUGGAUUAUAUUAAACCAAGAGCUAAUAUGAUGCUGCAAUUGUAGAUUGCCAAUAAAACGUAAAUUAAAUUAUAAAAUAAAUAUUGUGUAAAUGUCACCCAGGUAAUGAGAAUUGCUAAACAUAAAAUCAUUGUUAUUCCUAGUUUUCUAAUAACACUGUUUUUAAACAAGAGCUAACAGCCAUGAUUCUCAUUUAUAGGUGCCGGAAAAAUUAGCAUCUUGCUGUAGAUAAUAUAUAUAUAUUUUUUUUGCUGAUUUACACUUAAGGUGUUUUUUUUUUUUGCUAGUUUCCAUCAUAAAUGCUAUUUUAGCUAAUUUUCUAAAUAAAUGUCCACUUGCAAAAUAUCCAUUAUAAAAUGUGACCUUACUGCUACAAAUGUAUUGAUAGUUUGGAAAAUUGUUGUACAAAAUGUAUCCCCUACUUAGAAAGAAACAAUUCUUUUUGUAGACUUUGUUACCUGACUCACCUUAUAUUCAUACUUUGCUGUCUGUCUUGGGGACAUGUGCAUGUAUAAUUAAUUCAAUAAAUUAUAUUAUAUUAAGACGUACUAAGUUUAAUACACAAAUACAACUCUUCCACUAUCUUUGCAGCAGAUUAUCUCAUCUCGCACUUUCUUGAAUUUUGAUUUAGCAGGAGAGUGAAGUAAACCACAGCAACACAACAGAUACUUGGCAGUCCCCCAAAUGUUAUACUUGACCCAUGUGUUGAGUUCCUGGUUAUCAUUCUCUACACUAGUGUUUGUUACCAAUCUUAGUAAUAUUGUCAUGUUGCAUGCAUUCUGAGAUAACUUCAAAAUACAACCAGCCCAAUAAUCCAAUGAAAGAAUUAAUCCUGUGAAUUAAUGCUUGCUAGCAUAUUAAACUUCAUUUUUUUUUCCAAAUAAAAUAAGAAUUUAUUUUAAAUUUUUGAUUUUAAACUAGGAAGUCAUUAAAAAAUUGUGUUUUAUACAACACUGUACUAGAGGGUUAUUUUUAGACAUUUGUAUACCGGUACAUGAAUAUUUAGUUCACAAACAUUUGAAAUGUAAAUAUUAAUUUUUAAUAAGUUUCAUUGAAAAUGCUAUUUUCCCAAUAAUAGAUGCUAAUUUUGGAAAAACAUUGAUGCUAAUUUCUCUAGCCCCUACUCAUUGAGAAACUAAAAAUGUACGUGCAUGCAAAAAUGUAUGUAUUGUUUAUUAUUAUUAGUGUUAUUACUGCACUAAUAUGAUAUUAGGCAAUCUUACUUUCUAGCUAUUAAAAUUUUGGUCCGUGUUACAUUGAUAUUGAUGUUUAAUUGGUUUCUAAAGGCCUAAUUAAAUAUUUGGACAUUAUAUUGUUCAAAAUAUUAAACAAGUUUCAAGAGAAACAUAUAUUUUGUAAAUAUUUUUAAUAUAUGUUAUGUUUCAGAAUAAGUACGAGGCUCGUUAAACCUUACAAUAUACUACUAAUAGAUUUUCUAAACCAUUGUUACAAUUAGAAAAUACAAUGUAUUUGUAUAUGAAGUCAAGGUCUUUGCUAGUGUUAUAAAGUGGCUUAUGUACUUCUACGGUGAUCUCAUUAUGUACAAAUAUAUAAAGUUAUAUUAUCUUGGACAAAAAUCAUGUGAUAGGAAAUAUAUAUUUUAUUUAAGAUUUUGGCACUGAAAAAAGUAAAAAAGAAAAAGUAAAUUAUUAAUUAUUUCAAUCAGGAAUGAUGAUAUACAUGUUUUGUGGAAAUUUGUAUGAAGUAUUUGAUGAAGAAGUAUAGAAGGUCUAUGGUGUGUAAAGGGUUCUCUGAAAAUUGUUUAAGUUAUAUUGUUUUUAUAAUUAUAAAUUAAGAUAGUUUUUCCUUAUGUCUACUUAAAUGAUUAUAUUUUACUGGUAAGAAUUUUUGGAACAUAAAUAUAUUGUAUCUUGAGAAAAAAAAUAUAUUUCUAAAUUAUAAUAUAAAUCUUUAUUAUUCUGUGAUAGCUAAUUGUUAAUUAUAUUCUAUUGUAAUUUUACUUUUAUGAUUAGUUUGUUAGACAUGCACAUGUUAAAUGUUAUUGCUUGCU